AUGUCUGGCCCCACCUGGCUCCCUCCAAGGACUCUGGGUAGCCCAGAUAGAACCACACCAGCAAUGUCUUUAUCUGGAGCCGCCCUCUACAGACCACCCAAGAAAGUUGUACCUGUCCAAAGCACCAAAUAUAACAUGUAUGACCAAAAUGGUGGACCAGGAGGAAAUGGUAUGCCUGUACGAUAUAUGGCCACUGGACCCUCAGUUGGAAAUAUGCAGCACCAGCAUCAAAAUGAUCUCUCAGGGUCUUCUGUCUAUUGCCCUCUUUCUCCCAACAUGGGAGAACGAUACUACACUUCAGACCACCACACCUAGAGGCCCCACAUGGCCAACCAUGAGCUUCACAAUCGAGGAUCAGAGAAGCACAAAUCUACUAUUGAUGCAGAGACUCUCACUUGCAUGCUGGCUGACCUGGAUAGUCAUCCUCUGAACUCAAGUGCACAGUUAUAUGACAAUGUGCCUUACAGCAAGCACCUCCCCACUGACUGCUAUAAACCCUUCAACCAGAUGGUGGCACCAACACUAAUCAGGCCCUCAAUGGGCUACAUCCCUCCACUCCAGAGACAGUACCACCCCUCACCUUACACCUCAACACCUCAGGCAGACUAUGCUUACCCAUCAUCCUUCUCCUGCAUCCACAAACCAUACUUGCAACCAGUGCCUGCCUCUUACACUACCGCCUCCACCCCCGCUGGCCCACGCUUUACAGUACAUGUAAAAAGCGCACAGCCUGUAACAUACUCUCAGGGUGGGCAUCAAGCAGAGCAGGUGUACACACCGUCACCACACUGUUAGCAUGCCUCUCACCCCCCUCAGCAAGAUGGACCAUAUUAUGAGCCUCAUGGAGAUCCAGGUGCCUAUAAGGGUGUUUCAGGAAAUAUGUCAGGGGGGUGAGUCGGCCAGGGUCCCACAUCAAAGAAGGGUCAAGACCAAGCAUCAGCAUAUUAA